CUGGGCGGAGGCCGGGACCGGGACCGGGGCUGGGGCCGGGGCCGGGGCGCGGAGCCUCUCAGCGGGCGGGAGGGACGCGGCGCUUGGCAGCGGCAGCCAUGCGGGGCGGCGGGCUUCUCCUAGCGGCGCUCCUCGCUCUCCUGGCACCCGGCAGAGGCAACGAUGGUGACUUCAGGUUAGAAGAUGCAUUUGGACCUUCAGAGAAACCUCUUCCGACUCAGAAGGCACCAUCAGACAAUGAUGGGUUUAGCUUGGAAGAUGCUCUUCAGCCUGGUGAACCCAAGCCAGGCCCGCCUGCAAAGCCCAGAGACUCUGAUAACCCGAAGCCAGGUUCACCUGCAAAGCCUAGAGACUCUGGCAGCUUUGAUGAUUCAGAUCUAUACAAUGGUGAUUUACCAAGAGCAGGAGGUGGUGGCGGUGGUGGCAGUGGACAAAAGGACUCAGGUCCAAAUAAGGUUGAAGACAGUGAGGCUUCUCAGGGAGCAAUAGCUGGAAUUGUAAGCGCUGUCGUUGCUACUGUAAUUGGAGCAGUGUCUAGUUUCAUUGCUUAUCAAAAGAAGAAACUCUGUUUCAAACAAAGCGAUGAAGAGAAUGUGAAUAUGGAUAGCCAUAGGGGAGCGCAAUCUGAGCCACCUGGUAAGAGAAGAAUCUAGAUGGAAGACCAAAUUUUUGUUCAGCGCACACUUCUGGAGAACUAAGAGAAAUCAUGAUGAAGACCAGACCAUUGAAACUGGAUAGGGAGCC